CACCACUCCGGGCCGGAGCAGCGCAGAGUCGGUCGGUCGGUCGGUCGGCGUGCACUCAGCACUCGGCCGCCAGUGUCAGUCGCGUUCGUUGCUUCCUCCGUCGGCACGGACACGCGUGCAACACAGCCUGUGAUCCGCGGGGCAUGCCAGCCAGCCGUCACCCCAGCCCAGCCGUCGCAGCCGUAUGAUGCAGUGAGUGCCACGAACUCAAGAUGAUGGCCAACACUUUCCUCCUCUGCCUGCUGCUCAUGCUGCUGCUCAAGGUGGACGCCGACUUGAAAGGCCACCUGAUGACUUGCAAGGACGAGGGGAUGAAGGUGCCGGUGGAGAAGGAAUUCCUUUGCUACAACUGUGUGUGCAAGAAUCAUUACAUCCAGUGCCAGCCAAAACAUUGUCCAAAAACGGAAGACUGCGCGCACCCAAAGACCAAGGCGUCAGACCCGUGUUGCCCAUCGCAGUGCAAAGGUUGCUGGAUUAACGGCACGCUGCACGAGAGCGGCACGGUGUGGCGGCCUGAGCCGUGCACAAACGUCGUCUGCGUCAACGGCGUCCUCACCGAGAGCAAAAUUGAGUGUCACACGCCUUGUGACAAUCCGCUACCCAAACGGCCAAAUGAAUGCUGCUCUCGCUGUCCAACGUGUGAGUGGCGCGGAUUCAAAAUGAGCGUGGGUACUGAACUGCGGCCAGCCGAGGCACCGUGCAUGACGUGUACUUGCGACAGAAAGGGCACGAUGGUGUGCACCAGUAAGGCCUGUCCAGUGCUCAACUGCCCCAGCCGCCAGCAAGUGGAACCUGGAAUGAUGGACUGCUGCCCAAAGUGUCGGCCUCCUCAGUCAACAUCUAGGUCAGUGGAAAGGACGAAGUUCCUGAACGCACCAAAGGGCACCUGCUUUCUGGGAAGUUGGCUCCUGAAAAACAGCCAGGACUACGCUGUUGACAACUGCAAUAGUUGUAGAUGCGUGGAGGGUGCUUCUGAGCCAACCGUGUCGUGCAAAGCCCAAACUUGCCCGUCCUUGGUGGGCUGUCCCCAAAAAGACCAAAUUUUGCUGAAGAAAACUGACUGCUGCAAGACUUGCGUGGCGCCCACGCAGAAUUUCGGUGGCGAAUGCACAUUUGGUGGCAAAACUUAUAAGAGUGGCGAGACGGUUAAAAGGAGCAAAUGCGUGUCUUGCCAGUGCGACCAGGGCCAGGUCAAGUGCGCCAAGGCGGAGUGCGCCAUCAGACUGCAAACUGAAGUUCCUCACGAAUCGUCCGAGCUGAUGCUGCAGACCGCCUUCUGCAAGCGAAACUUUUAUUUACGCCAAUCGCCAGAUCAGUGCUGCCCAGAAUGCGUCGAGAGAGAGGGUCGGUGCUACGUCUUUGGAGGCCAGUUUAAAACGUUCGACGACAGGCACUUCAGUUUCCACGGAAGCUGCAAGUACCAACUGGUGACUGACUGUUCUGGAAACAGGACAUUCUCCAUCAGAAUUUCGACGGUGCCGAUGGCCAACGCUCGCGGUGAUCUGGCGAGGAUAGUCACGAUUAAGUUGGCAGAACACAAGGUGACCCUGGGCCAGAGUUUACGGGUAAAAGUGGACGGGCAAAAGGUAGAGAAGCUUCCUUACAAAGUGGACGGCGUCUUGGAACUCAAGAAUGAGGUGGAUUAUAUCACGCUCAGCACUAGCAUCGGCCUGAAGGUAGCUUGGAAUGGACACUCGCUGCUGGAAAUCACGGUACCGGUGAGCAUGCACGGAAAGGUGUGCGGUCUAUGCGGCAACUACAACGGCAAGCCUGGCGACGACUUUGAGCUACAGCAUGGUGGCAGGACGAGCAAGGCCGAUGAGUUUGCUGAGAGCUGGCGUGCUGGUGGUCUCAAGAGCUGCACGCGCAACGUGCAGAGCCACCAGCCAAGCAGCACAAUGGUCGGCUCGCGGACAAAGGCGCUGGCUGUGCCAAAACAAGAGCUGGGCUGCUCCGAGUUGGCUAAGAAGCACCACCGCGACCACCGAAAAUGCAUGCCCAUCAGGUCGGACAUCUUCAAAAAGUGCCACAUCGUUGUUCCUGCCAUGAAGUACUACAAAGCGUGUGUGGACGAGAUGUGCAUGUGCCGGGAGCGGAUGGGCAGCAACUCGCUGUGCCACUGCCAGGUGAUCGAGGCCUACAUCCGCGAGUGCAACGUCAAGGCCGGCACGGUUAUCUCGCCCAACCUGCAGGCCUCAUGGCGAGUGAUGACCGGCUGCUACCAGGAGCCGCUGUCCACGCAGCGCAGGAGGAGGCAGAAGCAGCAGGCGGCGCGGCGGAGAAAACAAAUAAUGCGCCACCACAAAGCGACUGAGCAUGCAAGAGUGUAGUCGCACCAGUUCGGCUUCAUUUUGCCACAGUGGAGGAGCACCAAAAUUGAUUCACUCCUGGCCGGCGUGCUUUCAAAAAGGUUAACUGGGAAACAACCAACCGAAUUUAAAAGAUUUUUUGCAUCAAAAGUGUUCAGUUUUGUGGUACAAACAUGAAGCGUCGAAAUAUUUUUGGAGCGGCGAGGCCGCUAAAAAAAUUUGGAAAUUUUAAAUUCCAAUUUAAGGAUCAAAUUUUCUUCCAAAGGUGAUAUGGUUAGGUUAACUGAUAUCCGUUGACGAGAUUGGUCUUUUCGAAUUUCCAAAACUUUAAUAUUUUGGUUGAAGUGAUAAAAGCCCUAAUGAAACAUUAAAAAUACUUUUAUUUUUAUAAUUUUCAAUUUUUAAUAAUUUAUCAAAAUAAAUUCCAUCAUAGAUGGACAAAAAAGUCCGAUUUUUAUAUAAUAGUUAACGACAAAAAUUAUCAUUAGUUGCCAUUGUUAAGUUGGUCUCUGCAUUCUGCAAUUUGCCUGAGAAAAUUUUCCCCAGUCAAUUUAUUUCAAUUUCAUGAAGGUCUACACGUUUGAUGCAAAAAAAUCCUUUUUAAUUUCAGAAGGUUUGCGGGGUUUCCUUUCAGUUUGCUCUGAAUGCGACUGCUCCUCUGCGGAUAGUUUCAAAGAUUUGACUGUUUUGCCCACGUCGAGUCUCUGGCAACAUCAUUAACAAAGAGUUUUGUGAAAGAUCGCAUUUCCAAAAGAUUAGAAACAGAGAACCGGGGUCGAUAAAAUUACGUCUGCUUGCUAGUCUGGCAGGGAUUUCCGAUGGUGGGCACUUUUAUUUUAUCAAAUGAUUUUUUAUCGAUAGAGGAGAGAGACGUGAGCGCGCGCGCGAGUACUAACUUAUUUUUUGAAAGCGCCAUUCAAGUGUUUUUUACUAUAUAUGAAUAAUUUUAUGCUUUGAAUGAAAUAAUGUUCUGUCAAAUCGUAUUUUUACCUGAACUUAAAAUACCGAAUCUCAUAAUCGAUGUAUUUUAAUGAUGCGACUUAAUUUGCUGAUAUUUCCAGUCUGCCAUUGUUGCCAUAUAAGGAUGUACGUGUGAAAGAAACAAGAAGUGCUUAAUACUAAUAUUACGGACAGUCAGUCGAUUGCAUUUUUUUUUAUUUCCGAUCAUUAAUUUAUUUAGCAUUAGUAGCCGUCAUUAAUUUGUAACAAUCGCGCAUUUCAUAGUAAGCAAAUACAA